CGAGAGUUCGAGAAGAGUUCAGCGUUUAAUGGAUAAACCAGAUCAACAUGAACAACGGCACCGUUUUACGCGUGAUGGAACCGACGAUUCCUGCGAUCAUGUUCAUUUUUGGGGUCAUCAGUAACCUGAUCGCCAUCGUCGUGCUCUGCAAAUCCAGAAAGGAGCAGAAAGAAACCACUUUCUACACGUUGGUGUGCGGUCUGGCGGUGACGGAUCUCCUCGGAACGGUCCUGGCGAGUCCGGUGACCAUCGCCACUUAUGUGAAGGGCUCGUGGCCGGAUGGAGACCCGCUGUGCCAGUACUUCGGCUUCGUUCUGCUCUUCUUCUCCUUAGCAGGUCUGAGCAUCAUCUGUGCCAUGUCCAUCGAAAGAUACAUCGCCAUCAAUCACGCGUAUUUCUACAAUGAUUAUGUGGAUAAGAGACUCGCGGCUGUGACGCUCCUCGCCAUUUACGCAUCCAACAUCCUCUUCUGCGCGCUCCCGAGCGUCGGGUUCGGAGAGGUGAAGAUGCAGUACCCUCAAACCUGGUGCUUCAUCGACUGGAGGACUAAUGUCACCACGCACGCGGUGUUCUCAUACAUGUACGCUGGGUUCAGUUCGGUUCUGAUUCUGAUGACGGUCAUCUGUAAUGUGCUGGUGUGCGGCGCUCUGAUCCGGAUGCACCGGCGGUUCGUCAGGCGCAUGUCGCUCGGCACUGACCCGGGGAGAGCGUCUGAUCCCGGCAGGGGCCGCAGCUAUGGAUGUCUCGCUGGUGCUGAAAUCCAGAUGGUCAUUCUUCUCAUCGCCACUUCAGCUGUCGUGCUCAUAUGCUCAAUUCCACUUGUUGUGCAGGUGUUUCUCAACCAAAUUUACAAGACUCCAGUGGAAAGGAGACUUGAUCAAAAUCCAGAUCUAUUGUCCAUCCGAUUUGCUUCAACCAACCCCAUUCUAGAUCCCUGGAUUUAUAUCCUGCUACGGAAAGCGGUGCUCUCAAAACUGAUCGAGAACAUCAAGUGUCUUUUCUGUAAGAUCGGCUCUCAGAGGCAACAGGCUCAAGGCAACUUCCGCUGCGUGGAUGGACAGCAGGUGUCCUCCAUUAUCUCCAGAGAAUCUCCUUCUGUUGUGUCUCGAGAGGUCAAAGAGGUCACCAGCACCUCACAGACUUUCCUCUAUCUGCCCGAAGCCACAGAGAGCUACCCGGACACCUGUCAAUCAAGCCGGCGUGGGUCGUGUCCAUCUGAAGGAUGUUCUGAAUCCUCCAAUCGGAACAGUUUGGACAACGAGGCCCCAAAAUGCACAAACAUACAGCUGUUAAAUGGAGCAAACCUUCAACCUAAAGACCAGUCCUUACAGAGGACGAUCACCAGUGAGACUGUCCAAGAGAAGAGCAUUUAACUCAACACAAACAUCUCCUCUAAUAAAAGAUGGAAAAGUGCACUUUGAUCAAAUGCCGGAUUAUUAAAGUGAAAUAGUGACUAUGAUUGCGCUCCUUAUCUUUAUGGCAUUAAAUGAGAUUAUUUAUUUGGAUGAAAACGAUUAUAUCAUCCACAAAUUACAUUUCUCAAAUGAUCUUUUGGAUUAGUCCGGUUAAGUUCAUUGUACAUUAAAACUCCUCUGACUGCCAUCAUACAGUAUACAUACAUGUUUAUUUUUCCAAAAGAGUUCAAAACAGUCACAUCAACAUCAACAGAAAGCAAGCUGCACAGGAAAUGUCCUAGUCCAAAUGUUGUCACAAAAACUCUCUGCGUCCUGCUUCCCAAAGAGCAUGUUUAAAACGGAUAGUCCCACUCCUGGAUGCUGAUUGGUCAAAAGCCGUUAUCACUAAACUUAUUCAAGUGGAAGGAUGGCAUAUGCAUCCUUUACAUUUUUAUUAUGCACUAACCGUUUUAUAAAAGCAUUAAGGCAUGCAAGGCCUAAUGUUAAAUACAGUUUGGUCUGUAUACUCAGUGUUACAGUGCAAUAUGUUAGGUAGCAAGCCUUAAAGGGACAGUACACCCAAAAAUGAAAAUUCUGUCAUCAUUUACUCACCCUCAUGCCUUCUCCGAUGUGUCUUUCUUUCUUCUGCCGAACACAAAUGAAGAUUUUUAGAAGAAUAUUUCGGCUCUGUAGGUUCAUACAAUGCAAAUGAAUGGUGACUAGAACUUUGAAGCCCCAAAAAGCACAUAAAGGCAGCAUAAAAGUAAUCCAUACGACUCCGUUGGUUUAAUAUAUGUAUUCUAAAGAGAUACAAUGACUCUGAGUGAGAAACAGAUCCUUUAAUCCUUUUUUAUAUUAUAAAUCUCCUUUUUCACUUUCAGAAUGUGAAAGUGAAAGUGGAGAUUUAUUGACUGUUUCUCACCUACACUUCUCAUAUUGCUUCAGAAGACAAGGGUUAAACCACUAGAUACCGUACACACAUGGAUCACUUUUAUGCUGGCUUUAUGUGCUUUUUUGAGCUUAAAAGUUUUGGACCAUGUUUACUUAUACCAUCAGGAAAAUUAGACCUUUCCUGAAUAUGCUACACAGAUCCUGGUCCAAGCUCUGGUCAUUUCAAGACUGGACCACUGCAAUGCUCCGUCGAACACAAUUAAGCCACUGCAGAUGUUGUUGAACUGUAUGACAAGUCACUUUGGAUAAAAGUCCGCUAAAUGACUAAUUUGAAUGUAAAUGUAUUUGUAUUGUAUGCACCUACAGAGCUGAAAUAUUCUUCUAGAAAUCUUCAUUUGUGUUCUGCAGAAGAAAGGAAGUCACACACAUCUGGAAUGGCUUGAGGGUGAGUAAAUGAUGAGAGCAUUUUCAUUUUUGGGUGUACUGUCACUUUAAAUGUGCUGUAAGCAAUUUUGGCCAUUCUAGCAUUUCCACAAAUUGGGCCGUUGGAUUAGGCACACCCCCUCUUUCCAAAACCCAGCACCCCAAAUAUACCAAAUGAGCUUUAUUGAGAGCAGAAACGGUUGUUAAAAACAACAGCAGUGAAACAGCGCCCUCUACUGGCAACUGUUAUGAACUACAUGGCAUAAAAAUGGCAUUAAGCCUCAAUAAUUCUCUGCAACUACAAUACAAUGAGAACGGGCAACAUGAUUGACAGGCAGAAAGUGUCAGAGACCGCUGAAGUCUAGAGCGGUCACAGAGGACACUUAUUUCAUUCAUAUCUUCCAGGGAGUUGGACAUUUUCUUUGCAUGCCUUUCCAUUAAAAAAUCACUUACAGCAACUUUAACUCAAGAGCUUAAAAAUGUUUGAAAUGAGAUCUGAAGUUAAGAUACGAUACAGAUUCAGUAGGAUUCUAGAAUUAGGAUGUUUGUGCACUAUAUAUAUUUUUUUUCACAAGAUUUAACAAUAUAAUACUGUACUCACAAUAAAAAUCAAU